AUGACGGGGAGAGGGAGAAGGAGACGUGCAGAUUUACAAGAAAAUUUGAACGCUCGUCCUGGCCCAUUUGCUGCUGGUGUUCCUCUUGAUUUUCAGCCUGACGAAGAACUUCCACAACAGAAUGUCACCACUGCUCAACUCGGAGAAUCAGAAAAUCAUUUACGAAAUGAAUUUCGUAAUGUCAUCACUCCAAUUAGAGAUGAAUUCCGCCAAGAGAGGAAAGAAAAUCGUCGAGCUGCCAGGGAAGAUCUACUAAAUGCAUUGAGAGAUCUCCCAAUGAAUCAAGCACCUCCAAAUGUCCCCGAUGAUCCUCUAAACCAUCAAGAACUUGACGCAGAAGAUCCCAACCCCCAACAACGUAAUCCACAGAAUCCAGUACCUGCCCAAGAUGUACUGAACCCUCAACAACAUCAUCCAGAGAAUCCAAUACCUCUUCAAGAGAAUCCAGUGCCUCUUCAAGGAAUGCUGAACCCUCACCAACAUAAUCCAAUGAAUCCAGUACCCAUACAUGAUGUACUGAAUCCCCAACAACGUCAUCCUGAGAAUCCAAUACCCCGUCGAGAUGAUCUGAAUCCUCAUCAACAUCUCGCAAGGAAUCAAAUACCUCCAAUACCUGUAUUCGUGGAACCGAUGAUCCCAAACCCUGCUGCACAUCCCUUAAUUCAUCCACCAGGUCCUCCAUAUGCUGCAAGACCCCCUCUACGGAACCCGACUGCACCACUUCCUCCAGUCUACCCACCAUGGAAUCCACUGUUUCAUGUUCCACCUGAGAAUCCUGAACCAACAGAUAACCAUCAACUUCCUACUUUUGCUUUACCUCAUGCUUAUGCUUAG